AUGUCAGCUACUAAUAGCACAGUUAUUUCAGCACUAAGCACUCGCAUUACUCUAGCAUUUUUCAUGAGCUUACUAGCUUUUGCUAUAAUGCUAGGAAAUGCCAUGGUCAUUUUAGCUUUUCUGGUGGACAAAAGCCUUAGACAUCGAAGUAACUAUUUUUUCCUUAACUUGGCCAUUUCUGACUUCUUUGUUGGUGCAAUCUCUAUUCCUUUGUACAUUCCUUACAGGAUGUUUGAUUGGAACUUUGGAAAUAAAACCUGUGUAUUUUGGCUCAUUAUUGACUAUCUUUUGUGUACAACAUCUGUGUAUAACAUUGUACUCAUCAGCUAUGAUCGAUACCAGUCAGUCUCGAAUGCUGUAUAUUACAGAGCUCGACACACUGGGAUCCUGAAGAUGGUGGCUCUGAUGCUGUCCGUCUGGGUGCUGGCCUUCUUUGUGCAUGGGCCGGCAAUUCUGUUUUCACAGUCUUGGAAGAUUGGGGAGAACUGUGAGCCAGGGUUCUUUUCCGUGUGGUAUAUCCUUGUCAUCACGUCACUCUUAGAAUUCCUGCUCCCUAUCUUCUCUGUGGCUUAUUUCAACAUGUACAUUUACUGGAGCCUCUGGAAGCGUUGUAAUCUCAGUAGGUGGCAAAGCCAUCCUGACCUCAUGUCUCCGGUCUCUCCCUGUAACUGUGGACUGCCAUUGAAGUGCGGACUGUUUUCAAGGACAUCUCUUCCAGAACCUAAGGAAGCAGUGAUGUCCCUUCGUUCUGAGAGGCAGGGAAGAAAGAACAGUCUCUUGUUUUCUUUAAGAGCCCAGAUGAACUGCAAUGUAAUUGCUUCCAAAGUGAACUCCCUCUCCCAUUCAGAUUCUCUGGCUCUUCGCCAAAGGGAACAUCUUGAGCUCCUCAAAGCCAGGAAAUUAGGCAAGUCACUGGCCAUUCUCUUAGGUAUUUUUACCUUUUGCUGGGCCCCCUUUACUCUGUUCUCAAUUGUUCGUUCAACUUACUCCCAAGAUCAACGAUGUCAAACAGUGGCUUAUGAAAUCACAUUUUGGCUUCAGUGGUUGAAUUCCCUUGUCAAUCCUUUUUUAUAUCCACUGUGUCACAAGCAUUUUCAGAGGGCUUUCUUGAAAAUGUUUUGUGUGAAAAAGCAAAGCUCACAAAGCUCACCAUCACAUAAGCAGUCAACGUCCUCUUAAAGCUAAUUUUAUCACUUACAGCAAUCUUAGUCUUAACCUCACCUAUAUGGUUUUGAUCUGGCCUUCAUCUUGCCCUUUCUACUCCACCAAAAAGCCCAUAAAAUCAAAGCACUUGAAAACUUAAAAAAAGAAUCAGAACCUGAAAGUUCAUGGAAAAUUAUUCUGGUGAAUAGUAACAGUUUAAUUAAAAAUUGAUGAUGACAUUUUUGUAAACUCAUAGGCACAAAAGCACUGUAGUUUUCUUAGUCAUCACCUUUUUCUGUCUUUUAGAUCUAGGUCGCACAUUAGUGGUGAAGUGAAGAGCUAUUUCUUUCCAAGUUCAGUGUUUGCUACAGUCUUAAGUGAAUUUCCCUUUUUAUUUUAUAGUGAUGAAAACUUGUCAGGUUUUGAAACCAUUCCCUAAAGUAUGCAACAGAAAAUGGACUAUAUUGUCCUCUUUGCUGGGUGGUCGACUCUGCUGUGAUCACUGGGCAGGCGAGUUGGGUCUGCGUUGGCUGGAGCAGGGAGAUUGGGUGCUCCCAGAUGGAAGGGAGGAGGGCAUGGGUACUUCCAGACUGUGCUCCAGAUCCCAAAAAAGAAGGAAGUGCGAGGUAGUGGAGGAAAGAGCAGGUAACUGUGGCUCCCAAAGGUCCUCAGUGGAGUUAUCUCAGAGGCCCUGGCAGGAGAGGGUGAGGGACAGGCAGUGGACACCUGUCUACGUCUCCCAGGUCGGACAUCAUGAAACUUCUCGGUGAGAAAAUGUGGAAGAAAGAGAAAGGCUAAGAGAUGGCAAAAGGACUAUCUACUUCAACCUGAUGUACCUGGUAUGACAUGCACAGAACCUGUAGUUAUCAAUAACGAUUUAUCGGAUAUAUUUCUGUAUUUGAUGUCUAAUUGGCAUGCCUGAUACUUUACUGACAACGAGAUUAAGUCCUUCAUUAUGCAGAUGGUGUAGGUUAUACCUUACCAAUGAGUCACAUUUUAUUAGUGUGGUGACAUUUUGUUCUUUUCGUCAUUAUUAAUUGUUCCUUUUUUUUUUUUCAAUGUUCUUUGCUGUCUUUGUCAUAACAUUUCAUUUUGAUUUCACAGUACAUUUCAUCUCUUGUUAGAUUUUAGCAGUUCCUGCUGUAACUUCUCAGAGUUGUUAUUACAGUUUAGUCAUUUUCAUAUUUCUUAGACCUCUUAAACCUUUGAUUAAUUUGAAACACUAAAAUAUGAAAAUCCUUUAAGUAGGUAAAUGCUCAGAAAUGCAUGUAAUUUUUACAUACACUUUUGCUUUGCACUGAGUUCGAACUAGGAGACACAUGUUUAACAUUUAGUAGUAGUUUUUAAAAUUGGAGAAAUAAACCCUCAUAAAUGUACACAUUUUUAUAAAGUUGCUACUUGUCAGCUGUUGGUUUUAACAUCUAUAAAUUAGUAGUGGAUUUCACAUGACCACUGGUGGCUUGAAUGUUCAUUGAAUGGUGUGGCCCCAUGAAAACUUUUUUCAGUUGAACCUUGGAGAAACACACCUAAAUAUUCACAUACAUUUUCUAAAAUACAAAAAAAUAUAUAUGGUAUUUCAUUCAAUCUAAGAUGUUUUCAAUGUACAAUAUACUGUUAUUUAGUUUACCACUAUAAAAGAGGAAAUUCUGCAAAUUUUCUAUGAAACAAUACUUUAAAAAAUCACAUUGAUAGAAAGUCCCAUUCUAAUUUCAGAGUUGUUGAAAGGGAGCAAUUUUUGUCUUAGAAGUGAUGAAAUACGAUAUGUGUAUGAUGAAUGAACAGAACAGGCAUAAUCCUCUAUAAAAUGAGAGUUUGAAUAAAUAAUUUUGGUGGUACUUUCAUGGAUUUGUUAAAUUUUUUAUUGAGUCUAUUAUGUGUCAGCUAAUUAUUGCAAAGAUGCCUGUGAACCUUGCCAAUAAAAUCCUGGGGUAGGUAUUUUACUUUGCGGUUCUUUUAAUACAAUGCCACAGGUAGCACAUAGGUGGUCAGUAGACACUUAUUGAAAAGGUAUUUUAGGCAUUUUCCUUAAAAAUGGAAUGUAAAUUCCAGUUUUUAAAUCCAAGUCUUUUAAAUGUGCACUGGAAGAACUUUAG